CAAUUACCUGAUCCGAUCUCACCUUGUUCAUAUCAUCGGCAAACUAUGGUGCCUUUAUCUUGACCUGCUUUCCUUCGCCCCUGUCGGCCGUUCGACUUUGCUUCCUUUUUCCUGUGCCCCAGCAGCAAUGGCCCAACACCCCGCCCUGCUGCAGCCCUUGACCCGCUGUAUCAACGAGAGAGACUUGCAGAGCCUAGCCGUGGCCUUUGCCGAAACCUUCCACGGCCUCGCCCGAUCGUCGCCUGAGCACUUUCUAGCCACCCCCGUGACCGCCGUGCCCACCGGCGAGGAGAGAGGCAACUUUUUGGCCAUCGAUGUCGGCGGGACCAACCUGCGCGUUGCUUUCGUGGAGCUGCUGGGGAACCACGACUCGAGCUUGCCCCGCAAUGACCGUCCAGAGGAUCUGCCCAAGAUUCGACGGUCGUACGAGAAGGCAUGGCCCAUCGAAGACCACCUGAAGAUGGACCAGGCUGAGGAUCUGUUUGCCUGGAUUGGAGACUGUAUAGCGGGCGUCAUAACAGACGCUCUGCCUGCCCGCGAUCUCGGAGACGAGAUACCGUUGGGCAUCACUUUCAGCUUUCCCAUGACGCAAACUUCCAUCUCCGAGGCUACACUAAUGCCAAUGGGCAAAGGAUUCGGCAUUACCUCCGACCUCAACCUAAGGAAGAUGCUGCUGGCCGGGUAUGCGCGUCACUGCAGCCCAAUCACGUCGAACGGCGUUCUACACCCCGGAGAAGCAAAAGGUUUGCCCAAUGGGCAUUCGGGGCCGUUGCCUAAGCUGCGGAUAGCCGCUAUCACGAACGACACAGUUGCCACGUACGCCUCUUUAGCUUAUUCCGCCAAAGCGUCAAAAAAGAGCAGGGUUGCAAUGGGUCUGGUAGUCGGCACUGGCACUAACGCAACCAUACCGAUGACUGCGAGCGCUCUCAGUGCUUCAAAACGCGAGUUCCUCAGCAGUCUUGGAGGUGCAGAUUUGCAGGGCAUGAAUGUUGUUGUAAACACCGAGUGGUCUGUCCGUGGCACCGAUGCUCCCUUAAAACAGCUCGGUAUCCCAACCGUUUGGGACGCUGAAUUGGAUCGUGCCUGUGAAGCGCCAGGCUUCCAGCCAGUUGAGUAUAUGACGGCAGGCCGCUACAUCGGCGAGCUUGUGCGCCUUGUGUUCGUCCAUCACCUGUCAUCCCAGGGCGUAGUCGGAAAUUUACCUCCAGCUCUCCUCCAGAAGAACUCGAUAACCACGAAAUUCCUCGCAACGUCGGUGAGCUUGUCAGAUGAUGUACUUUUGAAGGAGCUGAUUGCGCUGUUCCCGUCACCUUCCACCGGAAAGGAGUUUUCCUGGACCAUGGACAAGGCGAGCACGCUUCGAGCGAUAGCUGAGGCUGUACAAACUAGGUCGGCGGCGCUCAUUGCAGCAAUGAUUGUAGGGUUACUUGCAUGUGCGGGAGAAGUCCAACUUGACGGGUAUGGGGGAGCAUCGCCAAAGGGUAGGAGUGAACCGGCAGUUGCGGAGGAUCUCAUCGUGGCAUAUACCGGCGGAGUGAUCUUGCAGUAUCCUGGCUAUCUCCAGACCUGUGAGAAUUGGAUAAAUACCCUGAUCAAGAACGGGUCGUCGAGAGCGACGAAGCGGGUUGUUUUAGGAGAGGCAAAGGAUGGUGGCGUCAUUGGAGCUGCGGUGCUGGCAGGUAUGUUCUCCAGCCUACGUUGAAUUAUUGGAAUUUUAGAUCCUUCAAAGAAUAUAAGAGAAGAGAUAUUUCGGUAC